AAAUUAGAGAAAAUCAAAAUGCCUUGAGUGGAAGAGGAGAAGCAACAAAAAGCAGAACAUUGCCAGAUGCAGGAGAGGUUGAUUGAGAGGAAUAUCCAAUAAGGUUCCUCUUUUUUGCUACUCUCGUGUUCCUUCCCUUACCAAAUCCUCACACUUUGAACCCAAGAUCCUGCGACAAAACGUGAAAAGUUUCAUCAAUUUUGUUUCAGGUACUCUUCUUCUUCUCCAUCUGUUUCUCGAUCUUCCUCCACUGUUCUUAGUCCUCUCUUGAACAUUCAUUUCUCAUCCUGGAGUAGUAAGAGUGAAGGUAGAUAGAACAAGAAGAAGAAGAAGAAGAAAAAGCGUUGCAUUUACCCAUUUUUGUCAUUGAGAUUCUGAUUCUGACCCAUGUUUGUUCAGAGAGUUUUACUUCAGAUCUGAAGGCAAAGUUAGAAACUUUCGAGCUUUUAAAUUCAAUGCUCCAAAUGGGUAUCUCAGAAUUCAUUGGGAUUGUUUAAAGAUCGAAGGUGAAUAUUGAAUAGCAUGGGUAGUGGCAACAACAACAACAAGAACCACACGAUGGAUCAUGUUCUUCUGGCAUUGGGGGAAACGAGAGAAGAGAGAGAUGUUCGAAUCCGCAGCUUGUUCAAUUUCUUCGAUGGGAAGAACAAGGAGUAUUUGGAUUAUGGCCAGAUAGAAUCAGGGUUGUCAGCACUGAAAAUCCCACCAGAGUACAAGUAUGCGAGGGAGCUUUUCAAGGUGUGUGAUUCCAAUAGUGAUGGCAGGGUGACUUAUCAUGAGUUCCGCAGGUACAUGGAUGAUAAGGAAUUGGAGCUUUACCGCAUCUUUCAAGCCAUUGAUGUUGAGCAUAGUGGCAGCAUUCUCCCUGAAGAGCUCUGGGAUGCACUUGUUAAAGCUGGGAUUGAAAUGGAUGAUGAGGAGCUUGCUCACUUUGUGGAGCAUGUUGAUAAGGAUAACAAUGGGAUUAUCACUUUUGAAGAAUGGAGAGAUUUUCUUCUACUAUAUCCUCAUGAAGCAACAAUCGAAAAUAUAUAUCACCAUUGGGAGAGGGUGUGCCUUGUAGACAUCGGAGAGCAAGCUGUGAUUCCUGAAGGCAUCAGCAAGCAUGUGGACCGGAGCAAAUAUUUUCUUGCCGGAGGGAUAGCAGGUGCUACUUCUCGCACUGUAACCGCUCCUCUUGAUCGUCUGAAGGUAGUCUUACAAGUUCAGACCGCACGCGCUUCUAUUGUGCCGGGAGUGAUGAAGAUAUGGAAGCAAGAUGGUUUAUUAGGGUUUUACCGCGGUAAUGGAUUGAAUAUUGUGAAGGUAGCACCAGAAAGUGCCAUCAAAUUUUACGCCUUUGAAAUGCUGAAAAAUGUGAUCGGGGAUGCUCAAGGAAGCAAGUCAGAUAUUGGUACUUCUGGGAGGCUUCUUGCGGGUGGAAUGGCUGGUGGAAUUGCACAGGCUGCUAUCUAUCCACUGGAUCUUAUCAAAACUAGGUUACAAACUUGCGCCUCUGAAGGGGGAAGGGCUCCUAACCUGGGAACCCUUACAAAGAAUAUAUGGGUUCACGAAGGACCUCGUGCUUUUUACAGAGGGCUUCUUCCAUCUCUGAUUGGUAUGAUUCCUUAUGCAGGCAUUGAUCUCACUGCUUAUGAUACCUUGAAAGAUUUAUCCAGGACAUAUAUUCUUAAAGAUACUGAACCUGGUCCUCUCGUGCAACUAGGAUGUGGGACUAUUUCUGGAGCUCUUGGAGCCACUUGUGUCUAUCCACUGCAGGUUAUUCGUACAAGACUGCAGGCACAACCUUCGAACGAUACCAGUGCUUACAAGGGGAUGUCUGAUGCAUUUUGGAAAACAUUUCAGCGCGAAGGCUUUAGAGGUUUCUACAAAGGAAUCCUUCCAAAUCUACUCAAAGUUGUGCCUGCUGCCAGCAUUACUUAUAUGGUCUAUGAAAAUAUGAAAAAGAAUCUAGAGCUAGAAUAGAGUUUAAAUAUCUAUGGUUGGAUGUCCCUAGGUGUUUCCACCACCAACCCUUGUAGCCGCUUCAAGUGUUGGCUUAGCCCUGAGACAAGGUACUUCUGAAGAGUUUUGAAUAGAUCUACAUUGCAGAUAAAGUAUUUCCGGAGCUUAGUAGAGCAUACCUCAUGGAUGAGUUAUUAUUGUUCUUUGCUGAGGCAAUUGAGCUAAUGCAAAUACUUUGGUAAGUCUUGAAUUGUCAAUGUGACAAUAAAAAUGUUAUUAGUCCAGUAGGCAAUAUGACAAAUACUCAUUCUUUCUGAGCCUUAAAACACAUUUUUCCUGUCAGAAACUUAGAGUCUGUUUGUAUUAUAGUUGUAGGACACAGGACCGAUAUUUAAAAGACAGAACAACAGGGUUGAGUUGGGUUUAACUUCGGUUUUGUGUGCUUCGGAAAGAGGGAUGAGAAAUAAUAAACGUUGAGAAAUAACAAAUGUUGAGGAAUUAGCUUUGUAUCAUUCUUAGAUUGUAUGUGAAUCGUCAAACAUGAGGGACUUGUCCAGUUUCCAGUCUAUGAUCGACCCAUAUGAAGAUGGUUACAGAAAAAUCAACAAUUCCACCCAGGGUCCAAGUAAAAAACAAGAAAAUUGAACCAACCUAGCCCAAGGUUGUUUGAUUGGUUUGUAUUUCAAAACACCAUUUGAACCAACUUGGCACGAUUAGAACCUAAUAUUAAUGAUAAAUAAACUAUUAUUACAUCA